AUGACGAUCACAUUUCCUAUGCUGCGAGAAAAAUCAGAUAUGCCGCAAGAACUUACCACUCGCGACGCGUCAAUAAAAAAUGAUGUUGAUCAAAACAUUAAAUGCUCGGCGUACUUUAUCGAACCAUUACAAUGGAUAAUUGAUGCGCAUCAAGGAGAAUUGGACGGCAAGAUUUUGUGUCCAAAGUGUAAUUCUAAAUUGGGUAAUUAUAACUGGGCAGGAAUGCAAUGUUCAUGUGGUGCUUGGAUAACACCUUCAUUUUCAAUACAUCGUGAACGUGUCGACGAAGUAAUCACAAGAUCAAUUACACCACCGACUUGA